ACUAACUCAGUCAUCAUCAACCACCACAAAUAAAUGCUGAGGAGCACAAGAAUUCCUUGUGCUCUCUUUCUUUGAAAAACUAGCAAACAUGGUUUCAGCUUCUCCUCCACCUCCUCCAGCUCCAAAGGAAAUUCCAGAUGAUAGGUGGGAAGAAGAUGGACCCCCAAGAGAAGCCAAAUGGUGGUACUCAACCUUCCACACUGUCACAGCCAUGGUUGGUGCUGGUGUCCUCGGCCUCCCUUAUGCCAUGGCUUACUUAGGCUGGGGACCAGGGACAGUGGUGAUGAUAUUUUCAUGGUGCAUCACCUUAAAUACAAUGUGGCAGAUGAUUCAGUUGCAUGAAUGUGUACCCGGAGUUCGAUUUGAUCGGUACUAUGAUCUUGGAAGACAUGCUUUUGGACCAAAAUUUGGGCCAUGGAUUGUGCUCCCUCAGCAGCUGAUUGUUGAGGUUGGCUGUGACAUUGUUUAUAUGGUUACCGGAGGAAAUUGUCUUAAGAAAUUUGUGGAGAUAACUUGUACAAAUUGCACCAGACUCAAGGAAUCAUACUGGAUUUGCAUCUUUGGAGCCCUCCAUUUCUUCCUCUCUCAAUUACCUAACUUCAAUUCUGUGUCUGGUGUUUCUUUGGCAGCUGCAAUCAUGUCUUUGAGCUAUUCAACUAUAGCCUGGGUGGCUUGCUUGAGUCGAGGUAGGGUUCCAAAUGUGAACUAUGGAUACAAGAAAGCCAGUGCAGCUGAUUCAAUGUUCCGCGUCUUCAAUGCAUUGGGCCAGAUAACAUUUGCCUAUGCUGGUCAUGCUGUGGUCCUUGAGAUUCAGGCCACCAUUCCUUCCACACCUGAGAAGCCCUCAAAAGUUCCCAUGUGGAAAGGUGCCUUGGGGGCCUAUUUCAUCAAUGGAAUUUGCUAUUUUCCAGUUGCUUUCAUCGGAUACUGGGCAUUCGGCCAAGACGUUGCUGACAAUGUGUUAGUUGGACUUCAGAGACCUUCAUGGCUUAUUGCUGCUGCUAACAUGAUGGUGGUUGUCCAUGUCAUAGGCAGCUAUCAGGUUUACGCAAUGCCAGUGUUUGAUUUAAUUGAGCGAUCAAUCGUCAAAAGAUCCAGGAUCCCACCUGGAAUGAUUCUAAGACUCAUCGUCCGUUCUACCUAUGUUGCUUUCACUUUAUUCGUUGGCGUCACUUUCCCUUUCUUUGGGGAUCUUCUUGGUUUCUUUGGUGGAUUUGGUUUUGCUCCCACUUCUUAUUUUCUUCCAAGCAUAAUCUGGUUAAAACUCAUGAAACCAAGAAGAUUUAGCGUCUCAUGGUUUAUCAAUUGGUCAUGCAUUUUCAUCGGAAUGUUUAUCAUGAUUGCUUCAACUGUUGGUGGGCUGCGGAAUAUUGUUGCUGAUUCCUCCACUUACAAGUUCUACACCUGAAGAUGGUCUGUCAUUAACCAAUAGAAGCAUCCAAAUAUUAGCCUAGCUAAAGUUUCUCCUCUUUAUUUGGCACUUGGGUAUCAUAAGCUCGGGAACACUUCUGUAACUCUGAUCAUUUUACCAAAGAAAACAAGUCCCUAGUCCCUACAAAUUAUAUGAUGUGUUCCUUGGGUGAGGUGAAUUUUGGCACUUCGAUUCUAUAAACAAUGGCAUUGAUUCCUUCAUAAACAAUGAGUUACAUAAAAGGGUAACACAACACCCUGUGUGGUUUGCAU